UAAUGUCUAACAACAAGUGCUUGUCUCGCGUCUGACUGUGUCUCCGAAUUGAGAUCUUCCGCAAAAUUGGGGAAAAACGUCCAAAAGAAAUUAAAAAUUCAACGGCAAUAGUGUCAUCCUUGUUCACCUGUUUCUUUUCUCUUUUUUCUUUUAUUUCCCAUCUGCAUAAUGGCAAGCAAUACCAAUUUAUCUGUCAUCCUUCAAAAGCCGGGAGAAAUUGUCAUUGAAAAUCGUCCUAUUCCAGAAAUCGGGCCGUAUGAUGCUUUGGUCAAUGUCAAGGUGACUGGAAUCUGUGGUUCAGACGUCCACUAUUGGACCAAGGGACGCAUUGGCUCCUUUGUCGUUGAAAAGCCCAUGGUUCUUGGCCACGAAUCGGCCGGCGUCGUGGCUGCCGUGGGAGACAAAGUCACGCAUCUCAAGGUAGGAGAUCGUGUCGCGCUUGAACCCGGUGUGCCUUGCAGAGUCUGUGAUCAAUGCAAGCAUGGUCGUUACAACUUGUGUCCCGAAAUGAUAUUUGCAGCUACACCUCCUUAUGAUGGAACCCUCUGCAACUACUAUCGUCAUGCUGCUGAUUUUUGUUUCAAACUCCCGGAGAAUGUUUCAUUGGAAGAAGGCGCUUUGAUUGAGCCUCUGUCCGUGGGAGUUCAUGCGGUGCGGCGUGGAAAAGUGCAAGCAGGUGAUCGUGUGGCUAUUUUCGGUGCUGGAGCGGUCGGAUUGUUGGCAGCCGCGGCAGCUAAAGCAGCGGGAGCUGGUCAUGUCACUAUUGCGGAUAUCGUCGCAUCGAGACUCGAUUUUGCCAAAACAUAUUGCACGGACAGUCAAGUGCUUCUGGAAAAAACGGACCCCAAUGAACCCAACAUUGACUAUUCCAAGCGCAUGGCGAACAAGAUCCUGGAAUCGCAUGAAUUGGCCGACGUCGUCAUUGACUGCUCCGGAGCCGAAACCAGUGUCCAAACCGCCAUCUAUAUUACGCGAAAUGGAGGAUCAGUUGUACUGGUGGGCAUGGGAGCCCCUGUUCAAUCCAUUCCUGUGUCAGAAAUUGGUAUUCGAGAAGUGGAUAUCAAGGGCGUAUUUCGAUACUGUAACACAUAUCCGCGUGCUGUCAAGAUGAUCGCCUCUGGCACCAUUGACGUGAAGCCACUUAUUACCCACUCCUAUAAGCUGGAGGAAUCCGUCGAAGCAUUCAAACACGUGAAAGAAGGACGUGAUGGUACCAUCAAGGUUCAGAUUCACGGCUAAAAAGAACAAAAAAAAAAAAAACGCACUCGCUUUACAUAUGCUGCUUUUUCACUGUGGUUGUUUCUUUCUCUUUUUCCUUUUGGUU